AUGUCUCUCAAGUCACUCUUCGUUUCUGUUCCGUUCCUUUGGCGCUGUGCCACCGCACUACCAGCAGGACCAGGUUCGUGGCCUAAUGGAACCUCUUUUGUUCACUCUUCUUCAAACGAUGUGCACGCAUCAGCUGCCUACAAUUUGAUCGAUACGUACGACUCGAGUAACUGGGUGAGCAAGUUUGAUGUCCAGGACAUUGCCGAUCCUACACAUGGCUUCGUGGACUACGUCAAUGGGCAAGAAGCUCAACAGCUGGGCUUGUUAAAGACACAAAAUGGUCAGGUCUACAUGGGUGUAGACUCAACAUCUCACCUGAACCCCAACGGUCCUGGCCGAAAGAGUGUACGUGUGCAGAGCAAGACAGCCUACAACCGCGCGCUUGUUAUCGCAGACUUUGCACACGUUCCUGGUAGCGCAUGCGGCUCGUGGCCUGCCUUUUGGAUGGUCGGUCCCAACUGGCCAAAUCAAGGCGAGAUCGAUAUCUACGAAGGCGUACACAUGAGCCCUUCGAACCAAGUCACCCUUCACACAUCCCCCGGAUGCAACCCCUCUAUCGGUCCCGGCGGAGAAACUGGAAGUCGUUUAGCAGGUGAUUGCGGUGCUGGUGGUGGUUUCAACGGAUGCGGUAUCUCAGCCAACAACCCCGUCACAUACGGUACACCUUUCAAUGCCAACGGCGGUGGGGUAUAUGCCACACUAUGGACGGGUUCUGGUAUCAAAGUAUGGUACUUUGCUACUCGCAAUGUACCAGCAAACAUUCGAAGCGGUAACCCUGAUCCAGCGACUUGGGGUACUCCGAUUGCGAACUUUGGUGCAGGUUGUGAUUACAAUGCCAGGUUCAGAGACCUGAACAUUGUGUUUGAUAUCACGUUCUGCGGAGAUUGGGCGGGCGGUGUUUGGGGCUCGAACUCUUGCUCGCAGAUCAACCCGAGUUGUAACGCUUAUGUGGCAAAUCAGCCACAGAGCUUCUCGGAUACGUACUGGCUUGUUAACUCCGUUAAAGUGUACAGUGUCUAG